AUGGAGAAUGCAGAAACAGAUGUUAUUGUAUUUAUAGCUUUGCUUGAUAUAUAUGUAAAAUGUGGAAGGAAUAACUCUGCUUUUCGGGUUUUUCAGUCUAUGCCUUCAAGGAAUGGAAAGGGGACUGAUGUCUUGAUGAUGUUCGAUCAGAUGGUAAAAGAGGUUAAACCAGAUUAUGUCACCUUCAUAGCCCUGUUAGAAGAAGCAGAUGCAGAGAUACGGGGUAUGACCAUGAGUCCAAAUGAGAUUGUGCGAGCCUAUAGGUUUUGUAGUGUUCAUAGGAAGUUAGAGCUACGCGAACGUCUUAAGCAAGAGCUGGUUCAAAUGUAUCCACAGAACACGGAGUACCAUGUCUUGCUCUCGAACGUGAAGGCUCAACCAGGCACGCUUGAAAUGGCUGAUUCUCUACGGAAGGUUCUUAAAACUCGGGGCAUCGGAAAAUUUCCCCGAAUUAGUUCUAUGCAUAUCGGUGGCAAAGUUCUUCAUUUUAGUCCAGGGAACAAGUCACAUCCUUAG